CGCGCUUCACAGACAAAAAAAAAACUCUCACAGACACAUGCGUGUAUAGAUGGGUACAAAAACGUGUACAAAAGGAAUUUUUCAAUUAAAAAAAAACGUUGUGGGUGCUGUGUGACACCAGCACAACGUCAUCAUGACAUCAGCUGGACAAAUAAUUCCCUUGCACACUUGGCUAGCUGGCCUCUUCCCCCUGCACACCCACCUGCCAUACGCCCACUUUUUCUUUUUUUUUUUAUUUUUUUUCAUUAUUUUCUUGGCUGUCUAAAUUCCUCCAAAUAUAACCACUUCCCUCUCCAAACCCAUUUUUAAUACCCUCUUCAAUCAACCAAUGCAUGAAAUUAGGAGUCUAAAAAUGCCAUUUUUAACAUUUUGGACUCCUAAUACCUUACCACUCCAAAUGGUCUAAUAGGAGAAGAUUAUACUUUUAAUAGGAUCAAAUGAGUCCAAUUUUGAGAAUAAAGUACUAUACAUGUAGUCCUAUUUGUGCAUUUCGUCUAACUUUUGGUCCUAUUUAAAACAAUUUCUAAUCCAUCAACUAAACUAGGAAGUAUAUAAAGUUCCUUAACUUCAUCCAUCCUUAACUUAAUCCAUCAACUCUGUCCCUGUUACCUCACACUCUAAUAAUAUGUGUACUAAUAUCGAGCUAACAUGUGUGCUUGCAUCGAUCGAUGUGUUUCUAAUAUAUGCGUCCUGUGCGUGUGUUAGGAAUACCCAAACUCAGGAUUCGAAAAGGCUUUUGAUUGGUUGUUUGACUUCGAGAAUGGUCCUUUUAUGAAACCUACGAAGAAAAAAUCUAAGAAAAUUGUGAGAUGUACUCAGAUCAAAACAACAUGUUGAUUAUGCUAAAGGUGGAUGGAAGUUGGGAUGAAUCCUAUGUUUUCUGUAAUAAACGAACUUGUGGUCUCAUAGUUCCAGAUGAGACAUUAUAUGUUCGUUUUAUUGCUUUGGUGUAUUCAUGCAUUGGUUCAUUUGCUAUGAAUGAAAAGUUGAAGAUCAGUUAUUUGGUUGAAGAAUGUCCUCCCCCAGUGGUUGUUAAUGAUGAUUACAGUUUGUGCUUUUAUUUGGCUCUUAAAAAAUCACAACCUGAUUAUGCCAAGUAUCCUUUGUGUGUUGAGUUGUUUCCACUCUCUGUGUCUACUGCUUCCCACUUCUCUUCACAACUUCCUGCAUUUGAUUUAAAUGUGGCUGCAAAUGGUGAAUUUGAUGAUCUUGAAGACACUUCUAUCAUGCAUCAUCACACAUUUCACAUUUCUUCUCCUCAAAAUGAAGAUAUGUCUUUGGAUAUGUAUGCUACGAAUGCUGAUAUUUCAGUUCAGUCUGAUAUUUCUGGUUCUAGCAAUGCAGUUUCUUCACCUACAUCUUCAGGCAGUGAAGAUCUUGCUGUUAAUGAACACUUUGAUUUAGACUAUUUUCAUGAUUUUCAAGAUAUUCAAGUAAUCUGUCACUUUCAUCCUACUCGUAUUGCUAAAGAUGCUAUCUACCAGGAUAAGAAAUCAUUAGCCCAUCAUUUGAAGAUGUAUGCCAUUUCAAAUCUUUUCCAAUAUCAAACAAAGACAUCAACUAGAAAAGUCUUGCAUGUUGUUUGUGUUGAUGAUGAGAAUUGUGAUUGGGCUGUACGUGCAGUGAGGUUGAGUGGAUCUCAAAUGUUUCAAGUAAAAAGAUUUGAUUCUGUGCAUACAUGCUCACUUGAUGUGAGACAAGGUCCCCACCGCCAAGCUACCACAGAAAUUAUUGCUGAACUCAUCAAACACAGAUAUGCGGAUGCAUCUAGAAAACCUUAUGCUCCGAAAGAUAUUAUUGUUGAUUUAAAUAGAGAUUAUGGUUUGACUAUACCUUACAAGAAAGCUUGGCUUGCAAACAAGAAAGCUCAAGAAAAGUUGAUGGGUUCAGAUGAGCAAUCAUAUCAAUUGUUACCCUCCAUGGCUUAUGUUCUUAGAAAGAAACAUCCUGGUUCAUUGAUUUUGUUAGGUGUUGGGGCACAUAAUCGGUUUAAGUCUUUCUUCAUGUCGUUGAAUGCAUGGAUGGAAGGCUGGAAACAUUGUGUUCCGGUUCUUAUAAUUGAUGGCUCAUUUAUGAAAGCGUAUUACAAGGGUACUCUAUUGACUGCAUGUGGUCAAGAUUCUAACAACCAGAUUUUCCCUUUGGCUUUUGGUGUGUGUGAUACUGAGCGAAGGAAAACAUGGACUUGGUUUUUUAUGAAACUGAAGGAGUGUCUUGCACAUAGGGAGGACAUGUAUAUUGUUUCAGAUCGUCACGAUGGUAUUAUACAUGCAGCAAAAGUGGUGUUUCCGCAUGCUGAACACGGCUACUGUGCGUACCAUAUCCUAGGAAAUAUUAGAUCAAAGUUCAAGGGGUCUACUACAGGUCUUGCAUGGAAGUUUAAUCAAGCUGCUAGGGCUGCCACUCCUGCUCAAUUUGAAGAGUAUAUGGCUUUAUUAGAUGCAGAAGAUCCCCGUAUCCGUGAUUAUUUGAAUGAAAUAGGUGUUGAGAAAUGGGCUCGCUGUUUUGCUCCUCGUUCUAGGUAUUCUAUAAUGACAUCUAACAACGCCGAGUCAGUGAAUUCAGUGGACCGUGUGCCUCGUGAGUAUCCUAUAGCAAAAUUGAUAGACUUCUUGCGGGGAAGGAUGCAAAAAUGGUUUUGUGAACGUCGUGAUUCUUCAUCAAGUUGUAAAACAAUUCUGUCUGACCAUUUUGAAUCUCAACUUCGUUCUUAUCAUGCCGAGGCAGCUCUUAUGAGUGUCAAUCCUGCUAGUCAAUAUGAAUUUGAAGUGGUGGACAAAACAUCCAGAAGCUUUGUUGUUAAUCUGAAAGACAAAACAUGCUCAUGUUGUGAAUUUCAACUAGAUCACUUUAUAUGUGUACAUGGAGUUGCAGUUGUAGGUCAUCGUCGAGGUUUAUCGUGCUAUGUUUACAUCUCAAAGUUUUAUUUCACACGUGAGUGGGUUGCUGCUUAUAUAGGGGAAGUUCACCCUCUUGGUUCUCGGUGUGAUUGGGGUGUUCCUGCUUCUGUGGCAUCUGAAAUAUGCAAGCCACCUACAUGCCUCACACGCCAACCGGGUAGACCUAAGAAGAAGCGUAUUCCUUCAAUUGGAGAGUUUGGUUCCAGGCAGCGGUGUUCACGGUGUAAGAAAGGCGGCCAUAAUAAGAAGUCUUGCAGGAAUCCUAUCCCAGUCCGUGCUUCAUAGUUUUAUGUGCUUUUGUUUUUUUCCCUAAACAAGCAAUAAAUAAUUGAAAGACAUUUAUGCUUUAUUCAUCACUAUUGUUAGCUGCCACGAUUUGUUGGCAUUGUAUUCUAUGUUCAUUGGAAUAGUACUUUGGCGU